GAGAGAACAAAAAAUGGGAAGAGGUAGAAGCUCAUCGUCUUCAUCGAGAGAGAGUAGCUGCAAAAGCAACCCAUUUGGUGGCUCUUCGAGUAAUACUCGGAACCUAAGCACGGACCUGAGGCUUGGACUCAGCUUUGGAUCAUCGUCCGGUCAAUAUUACAACGGUGUAGAAAAUCAUGAAUAUGAAGUCGUUGCGGCUGAUCAUGAGAUGAUCAUGGAAGAAGAAGAAGAUCCAAACGAGUGUAAUAGUCUUGGAAGCUUCUACGUGAAGGUGAACAUGGAAGGAGUUCCUAUUGGAAGAAAGAUCGACCUCUUUUCUCUUAAUGGAUACCAUGAUUUGAUCACAUCCCUCGACUACAUGUUCAACGCUUCAAUCCUAUGGGCUGAAGAAGAGAUGUGUAGUGAGAAGAGUCACGUGUUAACGUAUGCAGACAAGGAAGGUGACUGGAUGAUGGUUGGAGAUGUUCCUUGGGAGUAAGUAGCUUCCUUUUUUAAUUUAUUAAACUUCUAAUUAAACACACUUUCAAUUUUACUAAUGACUAUGAUGAUGCAGAAGUCUAAUGGGUGUUUAAUUGAUUAUUCUAUAGGAUGUUCUUGUCUCACUACAAAAAAAAGAUCAUAUUACAUCACAUAAAUAGUAUCAGAUAAUUAAAUGAUAUCAAUUUAAAACACUUAUUAACAAAUGAUACAAACUAUUUAUUUUAACAUCAAUUAUUGUAAUUGAUGUUGUUAUUAACUUAUUUAAUAUCAUUUCAACAAAACUGAUAUAAGUUUACGUUAAGUUGCAUCACAUUUUAAAAACUGAUACAAAAUGUGAAAUUACAUCAAUUAAUUUACUGAUACGUUUUCUAGUUUUCGUUAAUAUCGCUUAGAAAAAUGAUACAAAGUUAAUAUCAUUUAAACAAAUGAAGCAGAUUUGACAUCAGUAAUAAAAUGGUACUAACAUAAUUUCAGAAAAAAACUAAUAUGUGUAACUUGUAUUGUACAUCAAUAAAAAAAAUCGUACUUAAAUCGCAUAUUCUGGUCAUAUAAAUUUAUAUCAAACAUAAAAUGUAAAAUCUCAUAACAAAUUUAUAUCAAACAUAAUUAUUUAAAAUCUUAUAAUAAAUUUAGAUCAAACCUUGUAACUAAUGAUAAACAUGCAAUACAUACAAAACU